AUGUCCUCGUCCUCCGCGCUCGCCGCAGAGGCGGCUCCGCCCUCGGCGCUGCGCUGGGCCGUGCUGCCGUGGAGCUUCUUCAUCGGCGAGAAUGUGCUCCUCUCGCACAACCGCGCCUCCAUCAUCGCGCUGUGCGGCGGCGAUGAGCAGUCCUACCACGCCCUCUACAACGCCCUCUCCACCGCGGCCUGCGCCUCGCUCGGAUUCGGCUACUUCUUCCGCGUCGCUGGUGCGCCUCCGCUGCGGCACGUCUCCGUGGCGGCGGUCGGCGGCAGCUUCGUCCUCCAGGCGGUCGGUCUCGCAGGCCUCUUCCAGGCGCUCCCCCGCGUGCAGCUUCCCCUGGCGAGCGAGCCGGCCCACGGCGAGCGCGCGGAGCCGGCGGCGGCGAGCAAAGCCGGCGCUGCCGCCCGGCAGUGGGUGAUCCGCUGCCCGAUGGACUUCAAGGGCGAGUCGGCCUCGCCAGCGGUGACGAGCCCGGACGGGCUGCACGGGCUGCACCGCGUCUCGCGGCACCCGAUGCUCUGGUCGCUCGCCGCUGUUGGGCUCGGCGGCGCGCUGGCCGUCCCCUCGGCGCCGCAGGCAGUGUGGCUGCUCGGCCCUGCCGCGAUGGCGCUGCUCGGCGGAGCGCACAUCGACUACCGCCACCGCCGCGGCGAGGGAGGCACGCUGAGCGCAGAGACGGAGCGCGUCACCUCGCUCCUCCCAUUCGCUGCGAUGGCGGCGGGCGCGCAGGCCGAGGGGGCGCUGGGCUCGCUGCAGGCGCUGGCACGCGAGCUCAAGGUCGAGAAUGCCGUCCUGGGCGUGCUGCUGGCGGCGAGGCGGGGCGGCUGGCCGGCGUGGGACGGGCUGGCGAGCAAGACGCCCAUUGAGUGUUCAUUUUAUAAAAGCCAGCGGCCGCUCCUCGUCUUCAAAAACAUAUUAAAAAGAAAAAAGAACGCGCUCUUUUUGAACAUGAAGCACUGCACCCCCUCCCCUCCGCCCGACGGCUUUCCAGCUGUGCUACGCUAG